UACUCACGUGCGUGCGUGCGUGCAAAGUUGUGUUGUGCGCGACCUGAUGCUGAAUGCACGGGGUGCAAGGCCAACGACAGGGGUUGGCACGGACUGAUUUCACCAUCAGACUGCCGCCAAGCGGGGAGGUCUGUCUCGCGUGCCAACACACAUCAAUGGUUCAGUUGGGAUGUCGGCCAUCGAACUUAAGUCUGACCUGCCUGGUUAUUCUGGUUCUCAUGAAUAUCGCGUUGACUUUCCUGUUGCUGCAGUCGGAGACUUGCCUCCCGAUCAUAAUGCCGAGGGAUUUGGGAUCGAACGCUAUAACCGAGUGGAACCUCGGCACUUUAAUCAAAGAGCCGCAGCAAGAGCAGCAGCAACAAUCGGACUGCGUCACACAAGAUUACCAAUCGUUGCCAGUUGACGCGACCGAGUUAAAAUUGAACAUAAAUCUCGGCAGAUGGGAUGCUCGUAGAUUGUUCCGUACCUUCGACCACAUCCUCGUUGGAUCGAGUUUCGUUAAAUUGUCACGGGCGUAUCGGGUUUGCCUGGCUACGCAGAGCUCCGUCGAGAAGCUGCACUCGAUCGUCCAGGCGGCGCACCACUGGACGGGGCCUAUGUCGGUGGCCUUGUACGUGGCAGGCGACGAGGAGUUCGAGGUUCUUCAGAAGUAUCUGAUUUACCUGAGAAAGUGUUACGAGCCGAUACGGGAAAGGGUGGCGUUCUCGUUGGCCGUGCCUAGGGUUAGACCGGUGAAGAGGCAGCCGCGUGAAUUUGACCCGCCCGACAUGGUGGAUUGUGCCAAACCCGAGGGGACGUUGAACGAGUUGAUGAAUGGAAUAUCGAACGAGCAGGCCAACUGGCGGAUACGGAACGCGUACCCCCAGAAUCACAUGAGGAACCUGGCCAGGAAGAAUUGCCAGUCCGAUUACGUGUUCCUGACCGAUGUAGAUAUCGUGCCGAGUUUCAAUUUGACCGGCGCCCUCGAUGAAUUUCUUAGAGCCGAUACCUGUGAUAAGUGCGCCUACGUAAUACCGACGUACGAGCUGGACUCACGCGUCAGAUUUCCGCAGAAUAAGACGGAAUUGGUGAGGCUGGCGAGGAAGGGGUUGGCCAGACCCUUCCAUCAGAAAGUCUUUAUCCACAAUCAGUUCGCCACCAAUUUCACCAGAUGGAUACUGGAUACCUCUCCUAAUCAUAAAAGGUAUGGAAAUAUGAAGAGUGGGAAGGUGUACGUCAGUCAUGACGUGACGAACUUUGAAUUCCUUUACGAACCGUUCUACGUGGCAAAGGAUAUCGUUCCGGCUCACGACGAAAGAUUUAUGGGUUACGGAUAUACCAGAAACACUCAGGUGUACGAAAUGUUCGUGGCUGGUUACCAAUUCAAGGUCCUUUCCCCUGUUUUCACGGGUCACUGGGGUCUGCAGACCAGGAAGACGAGGCCGGCUUGGCGCGAACGGCAGAACAGUGCCAACAGGAAACACUUCGAGACGUUCAAGAAAGAGGUUUUCGCCCGUUACAUGCGCGACCCCUUAAAGAUGAUGAAGAACGCCCACUGACGAAAAGUUCGUCGAAGAUUUCGUUGACUUUUCACGAGAUCUUGAUCGCCGUCCUUCUUCACACUCGUCGCGCGAGCCACUCAUCGAACGUGAUGCCGAUCCAACGUGAUCGUCCCAAAAAUGGUGGUGUGGCCUCUGAUUUCUUCUACCUGACACGUUUGUGCCAUAACGUUUUUUUAAAAAAAAAAAAAAAAAAAACGUUUGUAAACGGGCGAUACGAACAUUCGAACGUAUCGUCGACGGUCUAAUCGAUUGACUGUUCUAUUUUUCACACCGUCGAAUCGAAGACCGGAUCGUUUUCUAUAAUAUAUAUUUUGUAUUUCGUGUCGCGAACGAUCUACAUAUGUCAGAUUACAGCAUUAAAUAUUUGAAGUUGAACAACGGUUUCAAGGGUUUUCGCGUUUAUUUAUAAAUUCAAACAGAUCACGUAGCGAUUUUCGCAUCGUUUAUUUCAUACCUGAAAAUCGAUCCAUCCAUUGUUGCGUUUGAUCCCGCUUUACCGAUCUUUCGCAACGUUUGAAAAAUGUUUCACCCGCUUUAAAGUGAAGAAAAUGAUGGUUAAUGUGCCGGCUAAUGAUCGUUACUCAAACCGACUUUAUCAGCUGCUAUAUCUUUUCCACGUCGCAAGAUCCCCUUCAUAGCCCGGCGAUAAUGACAUUUAUCUUACAUUAAUCGAUAAAAUAAUCAAUUACUUCGUGACCACCCUCUAUCCACGCCUGUCCAAGAGUUUCGAUGCUCGGCUCACGAUUUCGCUCCUUAAAUUUAACAUUUAUGAAUUUAUUAAAUAACGGUGAUUAAAUGAUAAGCAACCAAGAUGGCCGAUUUACCCAAAACCAAAGUUCGAUAUGCAAAUCGUUCGCACGUUACAUUACACACGUAAAGAGGAAACUUCUUGCAUGGAUGGAUGCCGAGGUCCAUAGCCCUCAAGCCCUCGAUCGGUAUUUUCCUGCUUCAACUCCGCUAAUAUCCGUCCCGGUCAAUCGGUGACAUAUCACGUGUAUGUAGAUCGUCUCAAUAUCUCACAUAUCUUUUACCUUAGUCGAGGAGGAGAAACACUUCGAUGUAACAGAGGACACUGUAAACACGAAACGUCAAGUUUAUGGAUCGACCGUUAACUUCUAUAUCCAUGUGCACACUCAUCGUACAAACUUGGUUUCAGGUAAGAAUGAAAUAAUUUUGGAUCAAACUCAAACGUUUGGUUUAUUCGAUUCAUAUAUCAAAACCAGAGACCGUUGAAACGAUAGUCCAUAAUAGGCCUAUAAAGGUGUCUUAAAUCGGCGCCAUUUUGAGAUUUUAUAUAAUAACUCGAUGGAUAUUGAGAAAUUUCGCGAUGUGAGAAUUGUAAUUUAUUAUAUAUCAACAUUGAAACACGUUAAUUUUAUUCAAGUCUCGAGUAAUUAAUACGUUAGUUGCGUUAAUGCUGCAUAGGUGUUUUCGAUAAUGUCAAUUUUCUAUCGUCAAUAGAAUAAUAUUAUUAGCAGUGAAAGUAUUUAUCAAUUCUUAUCAACCAGAGAACCAAAUCCACCCAUUUCCAUAAUCCCAUAAACACGAAGGGAGGGGAAAAAAAAUAUUCGGACGGAGAAUUAUUUUUCGAGCCAUCAUUCGAAUUAUUCGAAACGCGUUGUAUCAUAUACAAUAUUUACCGAAAAGUAUCAAUUAACGUAUCGAAAAUCAUAUUCACGGUAGCAUUGAACGAUCGAUAUUUGCAAAACGAGUCGACGAGAGGAAAUUUAUAUGAAAGGAAUGAAAGGGAGGAAGAAGAAUGAAAACGGGAGAGAGGAGUUGUUGGCAGUGUGGAGGAGAGAGGCAGCAAAAGAUCACGGCAAUCAAGUGGCCGGUUUACUCGUAGUUCCGCUUCAUUCCGUUCACCUUAAACGAAACUAAUAAGCCCGUUUACCGCUUCCACUCACGGAUCACCAAAGUCAUCAGGGACUUGCCAUGCGGGGAUAGAGGAAUAAAUAUAUCUGCCGGUGAGUUUCUGCGGCACGUACACGAAAACAGGGAAACGAGGUCGGUGGAACUUAAACUGAACCAUGGUAUACCUCGUUAACUGUCUGUAAUUUAAGAGUCUCUUUUUUUUUUUUUUUAAAUCUGGGAUCGAUUUUUGCCGCUCUGGAAACCACGAUGUUUCCCGUUUUCUUUCCUUUCGAAGAUUUAGAUUGAAGAUUGUACAAGAAGCAAGAUUAUGGAGAACGUCUCUCUCGUUGUAUUCAUGGAACAAUGGGGAGAAAAGAGGAAUGGAAUUGGCUUGUGUCGAGUGCAAUUAAACCGACGAGAAUCGAUAUUUUGUAUUGUUGGAUUCUUAGAACGUAGCCAGUGACGUGCGAAGUUUAGAGCGUUUUGAUAGAAUCGGUAAGAUGGAUCGGUUGAAAAGUA